ACCUUGCUGGCGUUCGAGUCGGGGAUGUGUUUGCUCCUCAGCUUCGAAGAAAGGAAGGUGCUUGGGAAAAGUCCUUCAUCCGGAGCCGCGUGAGGCUCCUGGGCGGCAUGGCUGGGCCCGUGGCCUUAGGCAGGUGGUGGGAUUGCUCCUCCUCACCGUCUGCUUGUAGAGGGCUGGAGGAGCAAGCCCUCGCAUGGAGCAGGGUCAGGUUUAAGGACUAACCUAACCCUCUGGUUAGGGUGGGUUUCCGAGUGCUGAAAGGGGAGUUGGCAAAAGAAGGGUUUUUUUCAGCAGAAAAUAGCUUAACUUGGCGGCUUGGCUGUAGGCGUGUUGAGGUGGGAAACGAGUGCAGGGUGCCUGUGUCUGCGCUUUGCAUCCCUCGCGCGAGGUUUGCUGGCUGUCCGUGGGCGCACACCUGAGCACGUCGCUGCAAGUGUGUUCAUACACGCGGGUACGUGGGGAUGGGAGCACGCAGCAGGCACGGAGCACGUGCCCGUCUCUGAGCGCUUGGAGAGGCGCGUCCGAAUCCCUGCCCCUGGACGGCGCUGCUCUCCCGGCUGGGAAACGUGCUCCCUUCGCCUGUCCGGGCGGUCUGGCUGACCCGAGCCGGGGCAGGGGCAGGCAUGUAGGGCGCUGCCGGCCACACGACUCUUAGUGCAGUGCUACGUGGCUGGGGUGACCAGGAGGGGCCAGGGGACACCCACCCCGCAGUGCAGUCCUGCUCCUUGAAUGCCCCAAACCCUUUCUCCCUGCCUCUCAGGUGAACUUGUAUGCCGACCCGCCGAAGCCCAGCCACAGCAUCCACAUGGGGACCCUGGGGACUGGCUCCAAGGUCAUGGCCUUCAGCAUCCCGCAGGCGAGGACGGCAGCAAUCAGCACUGCCCCUGUCCCAGCCCUGCAGUCUCUGCUGGAUGGAGAGCCAGCAUGGGGACCAGCCGACCAGGGGACCUCACCCCGGCCUCGUUCUCCCCCUUUGCCUGGGGUGGUCUGCUCUGCAUGCGCAGGAGAGUGCAGGUGUCUGGGGCAGCACCCGAGCCCAGAAGCCCAGCUCACGCAGACGCUGGCAGGACAGACCCAGAAGUUUCAGACUCAGGUGGAGUCCUUCGAAGCCUGGGUCCGGGCGGGAAGGUCCACGCCGCAGGAGCAGCUGCAGAGGUUUAGGAAGCUGAAGGACACUCAGGAAGCUCUGGAGCGAGCGUAUCUGCAAGCCCGGGAAGAGAACCGCAGGCUACAACAGCACCCAGGAGCCUCAGGGGAGUUUGAUCCAGACCGCACGGUGGAAGGGGAGAUAUUCUGCCUGGGGAUGCGCCUGGAGGAGCUGAAGGAUCGGCUCGAGCGAGCGGCUCAGAGCCAGCUCUCCCCACAGAGCUGGGGCUCUUCUCCCUGCCGCUCGCCAGUGCUGCUCUCCAAGACACGCAUGUCUUCCCCGACUCCCUCCCUGCAAGCCCCGAUGCCAGCGGCGUGUACCCCUUACCCCGAGAGCCCUGCGCUGCAGGAGGUCCUCCCUGGCGCCCGGCCGGGUGCAGGCGCGAGCUCUGUGAGCGGAGAGAGCGAGGCGGGAGGAGACGAGCUCCCCGAGCCCCUCUGGCACAAGCAGCUCCAGGUGGAGGAAGACUUUGGUGACCUGCUGGAGCAGUACAAGAACCUCAAGUCCUUGCCGGCGUCGCUGAGCCUGGAGCAGCUGAGCCUGGGAGGGAGCCGGUCCCCGGAAGAGGCAGAUGGGCCUUCGGCAGGGGAGAGUGGCCCUGGCAAGGUCUCCUGCAGGACACAGUUGCUAGAGGAGAGGACCGACCUCGGGACCUCCCUCUUGCAGCACCCAGAGAGGAGAGCGGUGCCGCUGCCCCGCGGGGAGCAGCCACGGCCGGCGAAACCUGCCCAGGCCGAGGAGCAGCGCAUCGUGUCGCCGGAGACGGACAGCGGGUUUGUGGGCUCGGAGGCCAGCAGGGUGUCUCCGCUGAUGCACACGCCAGAGCACCGUCCCCCGCGCGCUGGGCCACCUGGCUCACUGGGAAAAUCUGGCCCCAUCUCCACUCCGGCAACCCUCCAUCCGCUGCAGAAGAGAGAGGCAGCCCCGCUUCCCUCGGAAAAGGCAUUGAUGGGCAUCUAUACGACCUCCGGGCAUGGGCCCCCCCGGGACGGCACGCGAGGGCCCAGCGUGCGCCCCAGCACCCCCUCGCAGAGCAGCUCCCCUCCCCAGUGGGCAGACAGCAUCGCCAGCGAGAUGGUACCCGAUGCUGAUGGCACUCACACGGACUCAGAGGCAGAAGGGAGGAGCUGCACCAGCGCUUACAGCCACCCACCAGGCAAGACAGGGGGUCCGGUUGGCUCGGCCGCCACCAUGCUGUCCUCCACCCAGGCUCACCAUGACCUGCUGCGUUCCCGCAUGGAGCGCGAGUGAGUGUCCGUCCCCUCCUCCCCACCAAAAAUGGGCUGAACUGUGGGGUGACACAGGGUCGCG